UGACAGCGAGAGUGAGUGAGAGAGAGAGAGCGAGAGAGAAGAGUGUAAACACACAUUUAGUCCGCACCUCCUUCUAAAACUCAGAGACUGGGUGGAUGUGAGCGGUGGAGCAGCAGCUCUUUCACAAUGCAAGCCUUAAUCUUCCUGUCCAGAUGUGCGUUCAUGUUAUCUGUGGUGUGUCUUCUGGUCAGCUUCAGCACGGGACAGCGCCGUACAAGGGGGCGCACCUCAUCGCCACGGAGACGUGAGGUUCACUGGGAAAACAACGGCCACCUCUUCAGCUUGACCAGCACAUGGUCCGAUUUCUACGUGCCUUCAGCUGCGAGGAGGAGCACACCGCUGUUUUUCUCCAGGCACACCUUCCCGAGGACCCAAAGAGGGGCCACCGGGGGUUACAGGGGACGCGCACGAUCUGCAGGAGGCACUGCUCUUCACACAGACUCAAGAAAUGACCUGACACCUGGCAUAUCAGAGUCCAGGAGCGAUCGGCAUCUUUCAUCUUCAUUCACGGAGACGGUGGGGAACGUUCUGGAGGUCGCACCGCUGACCUCAAGUCCUUCAAAGUCUCCAAACACCACAACUGCACCAAACCAAAGACGUACCAACUCAGCCACUGGUUCUGCAGCUGCUGGACAAAGUCGUUUUAGAGGCUCUGAUGGUCAAACAGCCGAUCCACAGCCAGCCACCAGCCCCUCUUCGGUCACACCGUAUGACCACGACAGUGUAGACAGAGCAAAUGCACCACGUCAUGUUGCCCAAAGGCGAGCAGGUGACAAUAUGAUGGAAGACGAACCCAACUCCAGUGGAAAUAGUAGAAAUUCAGUUUUCCACAAUCUAAAUCCAUCAACAGGCACGAGCAGGCAGCAAAGCAGGGGAUCAGGCUACGGCACCAGGUUCUUCCAUCAUGGUCUGCCUGACCUCGUCCCUGAUCCAUACUACAUUCAAGCUACAUCGUACAUCCAGCGUGUGCAGAUGUACGCGCUGCGAUGUGCAGCUGAGGAACACUGCCUGUCCCGCUCCGCUUACAGGCCAGGCGUCCGAGAUCUUGACUAUCGGGUGCUUCUGCGCUUCCCCCAGAGGGUCAAAAAUCAAGGCACUGCGGACUUUCUUCCCGUAAAGCCGCAGCAUCAGUGGGAAUGGCACAGCUGCCAUCAACACUACCACAGCAUGGAGGCCUUCAGCAGCUAUGACCUUCUAGAUGCUUCUACAGGCCGGAGGGUGGCAGAGGGACACAAAGCCAGUUUCUGCCUGGAGGACACCAGCUGUGAUCCAGGUGUUCGCAGGAGAUAUGCCUGCACAGCUCACACACAGGGUUUGGGUCCAGGCUGCUACGACACCUACCACGCCAACAUUGACUGUCAGUGGAUCGACAUCACAGACGUUCCUCCCGGAGACUACAUCCUGAAGGUGACAGUGAACCCGAAUUUCCAAGUUCAGGAGUCUGAUUUCUCCAACAAUGUGGUCCGGUGUGAUGUUAGAUACACUGGGUCAUAUGUGCAAACUCACAACUGCAGGAUUACAGCGUAAGUUCAUUCAGAUGAAUAUUAAUAGGUGCUUAAUCAAAAAGUUAACAACCGGAAUCUAAGAUCCGCUUUUGUGUCACAGAUAUUGAUCCCAAAACUCUCUGCUAUAUGUAGAAAACAACGCAGCAGCUUUAGCUCACUUGAUUUAUUCUCAAUCAGAAUUAUGUCAGAUAUCUUGUAGGGUGUCAGUCCAUGCAUAUACACAGAUUUGGGCACAGUAUUGUAAUCUACUCCAAUGUUAGUGUUUAUUUAUCUAUAUUACACUCACCGGCCACUUUAUUACAACCUUGCUAGUAAAAGGUUGGACCCCCUUUUGCCUUCAGAACUGCCUUAAU